UAAUCUCACCAGGUAGCAGAGCCAGACCUGGUGAAAGCCUGCUCUGGGGCAGACAUCCUCCUGUUCGUGGUGCCCCACCAGUUCAUUGGCAAAGUCUGUGACCAGCUGAAGGGCCACGUGAAGAAAGAUGCUGUCGGGGUGUCGCUCAUCAAGGGGGUGGACGAAGGACCAGAUGGGCUGAGGCUGAUCUCUGACAUCAUCCACGAGAAACUGGGCAUAGAAAUGAGCGUCCUCAUGGGGGCCAACAUUGCCAGUGAAGUGGCAGAGGAGAAGUUCUGUGAAACAACCAUUGGCUGCAAGAACACGCAGCACGGGCAGGUGCUGAAGGAGCUGAUGCAGACACCAAACUUCCGGGUGACGGUGGUGCAGGAGGCAGACACCGUGGAGAUCUGUGGGGCUCUCAAGAACGUGGUGGCCAUAGCGGCCGGAUUCUGCGACGGGCUGGGCUACGGAGACAACACGAAGGCCGCGGUGAUCCGCCUGGGGCUCGUGGAGAUGAUUUACUUCUCCAAAGCCUUCUGCAAGGGCCCCGUCACCUCCUCCACCUUCCUGGAGAGCUGCGGGGUCGCCGACCUCAUCACCACCUGCUACGGGGGCCGCAACCGCAAGGUGGCCGCCAGGACGGGGAAGUCCAUUGAGCAGCUGGAGAAGGAGAUGUUGAACGGGCAGAAGCUGCAGGGUCCCCAGACGUCUGCUGAGCUGCACCACAUCCUUAAAACCAAGAACCUAGUGGAGAAGUUCCCCCUCUUCACAGCCGUGUACCAGAUCUGCUACGAGGGCAAACCCAUCACUGACAUCAUCAAGUGUCUCCAGAGCCACCCUGCGCACAUGUAA